AUGGCGGCGCCCGGGCCGCGGAGCUGCAGCCUGGCGGGCCUGCUCCCCGCGCAAACCUCGCUGGAGUACGCGCUGCUCGACGCCGUCACGCAGGAGGAGAAGGACCGCCUGGUCUACCAGUACCUGCAGAAGGUGGACGGCUGGGAGCAGGACCUGGCCUUGCCCGAGUUUCCCGAAGGUCUAGAAUGGCUGAACACAGAAGAGCCCAUUUCUGUCUACAAGGAUUUAUGUGGAAAAGUGGUCGUGCUCGACUUCUUCACAUAUUGCUGCAUAAACUGUAUUCACCUGUUGCCUGAUCUCCAUGCAUUAGAGCAGACUUACUCUGAUACAGAUGGUCUUCUGAUCAUUGGCGUCCACUCAGCGAAGUUUCCAAAUGAGAAGGUCCUGGAGAACAUCAAGAGCGCAGUUCUUCGCUACGACAUCACACACCCUGUGGUCAAUGAUGCGGAUGCCACCCUCUGGCAAGAGCUCGAAGUGUCCUGCUGGCCAACUCUGGUCAUUCUUGGACCCCGUGGGAACAUGUUAUUUUCUUUAGUUGGAGAAGGGCACAAAGACAAAUUACUCUUAUAUACUUCAACUGCUUUAAAGUAUUACAAAGACCGGGGACAGGUCAGAGAUCAUAAAAUCGGAAUAAAACUGUACAAAGAUUCUUUGCCACCGUCACCCCUGUUGUUUCCUGGCAAAGUGACUGUAGAUCCUGUUUCUAAUAGACUGGUCAUAGCAGACACCGGGCAUCAUAGAAUUUUGGUGGUCUGGAAGAAUGGACAAAUUCAGUACAGCAUUGGAGGGCCCAACCCUGGAAGAAAAGAUGGACUAUUUUCUGAGUCAACAUUUAAUUCACCACAGGGUGUAGCCAUAAUGAAUAAUGUCAUCUAUGUGGCAGAUACUGAAAACCACCUUAUCAGAAAGAUCGACUUAGACACGGAGAUGGUGAGCACUGUAGCUGGCAUUGGAGUUCAAGGGACUGAUAAAGAGGGUGGAGCCAGUGGAGUACUGCAGCCUAUUAGCUCCCCUUGGGAUCUGGUUUUGGGAACAUCAGGUUCUGAUCCCCAGAAAAAUGAUGUUCUGUGGAUAGCUAUGGCCGGGACUCAUCAGAUUUGGGCUCUCCUGCUGGACAGUGGCCGCCUCCCUAAGAAGAAUGAGUUAAAGAAAGGAACCUGUCUUCGGUUUGCUGGAAGCGGGAAUGAAGAGAACCGAAAUAAUGCCUAUCCUCACAAGGCAGGUUUCGCCCAGCCUUCUGGCCUUUCUCUGGCCUCCGAGGACUCCUGGAACUGCCUGUUUGUGGCUGACAGUGAGAGCAGCACAGUGAGAACUGUCUCUCUGCUGGACGGGGCUGUCAAGCACCUCGUGGGUGGAGAGCGUGAUCCUAUGAAUCUAUUUGCUUUUGGUGAUGUUGAUGGCAUAGGGAUCGCAGCCAAGCUCCAGCACCCACUUGGAGUAACUUGGGAUCAAAAAAGGAAAUUGCUUUAUGUGGCUGACUCGUAUAAUCACAAGAUUAAAGUUGUGGAUCCAAAAGCAAAAAACUGUAUAACAUUAGCAGGAACAGGUGAGGCCAGUAACGUUGUCCACUCCAGUUUCACCGAGUCAACUUUUAAUGAGCCUGGAGGCCUGUGUAUUGAAGAGAAUGGUCAGCUACUCUAUGUAGCAGACACCAACAAUCACCAGAUUAAAGUGAUGGAUCUAGAAACAAAAACUCUGUCUGUGCUUCCAGUUUUCAAGUUCGAAAAUGCCAUGGUCGAUGGCCUGUUGCCAGUAACCAAGCCAAAGACUUUGCCUAAACUACCUAAAUCUGCUCCAAGCAUUACGCUUUCCCCAGUGGCUGCAUCUCCAGGCCAGACCCUUCAAUUCAAACUGAGCCUCGAUCUCCCGUCUGGGGCAAAACUAACGCAAGGAGCUCCAAGUUGCUGGUAUCUAAGUGCUGAAGACAAUGAGUGGCUUCUUCAAGGACAGACAACUUCCGGGGAAAUCGAGGACAUUUCCAAUCAGCCAACCAUCUCAUUGGAUCUUCCUGGAACCUGCUCCCCCCUCGAAGCUGCUCUGUCUGUCCACGUGUUCCUCUAUUACUGCAGCGCAGACAGCAAUGCUUGCAUGAUGAAGGGAAUCUUGUUCCAUCAGCCUCUGCGCAUCACUGACUCUCAGCAGGGUUGCCCAGAUCUGGCGGAGCUCAGGUAUACAUUUUAGCCUCGCUGGCAUCCCCGGAUCCCACCACACCUGCCUCCAUCCUCACUCGCCAUCUCUGUGACUUAUGGGAA